UUUAUGUUAUUUAUUGAUAGGAUGUACAUAUGUAUUAUUCAUUACACAAAGUCACAUGGUUUAUUGCAGGUCGGACAACAAAAUGGAUACGAACGUGUACAGUAGUGAGAAUAAAUGCGCAUCGCCAAAUGAAAUGAAUGGAAAAGGUGUGUUGGAAGUAACAAGUUUAUUACCGGAUGUAGCAGAGGAAGCCCACAACGAGGCAAGAAAGUACCCGGAUGUUCCGUCAUUGCGUUACGGUGUCGGGGAAAAUCCACCCAUAUUGUUGUCACUGAUUUUAGCCAUACAGAAUGUAAUGUUGUCCUUUGGAAUGAACCUGCUGGUUAGUGUCACAAUUGCAGACCUCGCCUGUGCAGACAGGAACGAUCCAAUCAGAGCAAAGCUUUUCUGUACGUCCGUAUUCGUAGUAGGACUGACCACGGUCGUCCAGAGUGCUGUCGGCAUCAGAAUUCCCAUCCUUCAAGGCGUUUCUGGUGCCUUCCUGGGACCGUUGGUGUCUAUGAAGACCGCUGGGGUUUGGUCAUGUGACAGUACCGGUGACAUGGAUUCGGUAUCGAUGUCAAGCAAUCAGACGCUGCUUCAGAAUGUCACCAUGGCGACAAAACAGGAACUGGUUUACUACCGGGUAACGCAGCUUCAGGGAAGUUUGAUGGUUUCCGGUCUAGUAACGGAAGUGUUCCUUGGCGGGACUGGCCUCCUGGGAUACCUGGUGAAACUGGUGGGCCCAAUAACUGUUUGUGUGACAAUUACCUCACUUGGAUUAUCUUUGUACCCCAUCCCUAUAUUCUACUGUAGCAAGUACCUUCCAGUGGCUGUUUGCGGUACUUUAAUGAUGAUUUUGUUUGUCAUGUACCUCACACGAAUCUACGUCACGAUACCAACAAUACAUUGCAACAGGAAGAAGGCUACAGAGUGUAACAGAAACACAAAAUUGCCAAUUUUUCAGACAUUUCCGCUUUUCAUCAGUGUGGUGAUUACAUGGGCACUGUGUGGGGUCCUGACCUUGGCAGGCGUAUUUCCUGAUGACCCAAGUGAACCCGCAUAUGGAGCCCGGACAGACACACGUGGAGAUCUGAUAACCCUGUCUCCGUGGCUCUUCUUCCCUUACCCAGGUCAGUUUGGUCCACCCCGUUUCAAUACAGCGAUUUUCAUUGGGUUUGUGAGUUCCUAUCUGUCCUCAAAUGUGGAAUCCAUAGGGGAUUACAUGAUUGUCUCCCGGGCCACAGGAACCUUUCCUCCACCCCGUCACGCAAUCAACCGAGGGAUACUGACAGAGGGCAUCAUGGGGGUGGUGGCAGGGGCCCUGGGGGCCGGGCACGCUACGACGUCCUACAGUGACAACGUUGUUAUCAUAAAGAUCACACAAGUUGCCAGUCGGAGUGUCAUGCUUCUGGCCGGCUCCAUUUGCCUACUUUUCGGAGUUAUUGGUAAAUUUGGCGCAGUAUUGGCGUCACUUCCUGAUCCGGUUAUGGGGGGAGUGACUAUAGUCUUAUUUGGAUUGCUGGUAUCCAUAGGGUUGUCUUCACUACAGAGGGUUAACCUGUCAUCUACUCGGAACCUUGCGGUACUGGGUACAUCAUUGUACACAGGCUUGGUCAUUUCCGAAUGGCUAAAACUCAACAAAGACAGCAUUGAUACGGGUUACGCCUCCUUGGACCAGGUGCUGAAGCUGAUCCUCGGGACUCAGAUGUUUGUGUCUGGAUUAACUUCCAUCAUCCUGGAUAACACUGUUAGAGGAACCACAGAAGAGAGAGGAAUGGAUGAUAUGACGUCUUUUAAAACCGGAAACGGAAGUGACACUGAUACACACCACUCUGUGUACGAUGUUCCAGGAGUAUCACAAUUACAAAGAAAAAUCCCGCUACUUCGACACAUUCCGUUUUUACAACCCUAUCGACUUGAAUAAACAUGGCUACAAACUCGUCUAAUUCAAACAUAAGCAUGCAGCGUGUUGGAAACAAUAUGAAAUGUAGCCGUGAAAAAAGUCAUUGAUAUAUAUGUAUAUGUACCAGGAUGGAGACUCGGAUAUUCGAGAUAAUGGAAUACCAGCAUCUGGUUUCCGUUAUAAGGUUACAACAUUGGAGACUAGUUGCCAAUAUAAAUUAGAUGUGCUAUUAUUUUGCUUAACAGAGUAGUUAUAGUUUACCUUCGUUAUAUGGGUGUCGUCAAUAUUUCGAGAUUAUCGAGGUAUUCGACAAUCAAUUGACCAAAAACCUUCAUAAUAAGAGGAUUUUGAUAUUAUGUAUCCAUCCACACCAUCAAGAUAUGUUCACUCUAGCUUAAGGAUCCGCGUACCACUGCCCAAAACUGUAACCAAGUGUUGAAACUGCUUUUUCCGGCAUUUCGAUAACUUGGGUUAAUCAUUUAUGAAAGAAAACCAUACCUUGCGGGCUUUUAUGAGAGAUAACAGAUAUGAAAUCAACAAAAUAUGAAUAAGCAGCAGUAAUCUGAGUGGUUAAAAUCAACGGGGCCAGAUCGGGAUUGUUUUAAUAUCGCUCUAACUGAUUGAGGUGGCUCAUCAACGAAAGUGACUUGGCCAAAACACACUACAGUUAUAACCAAACGUAUGUUAAGGGGAUGUUACUGCAUAUAGGAAUAACACAGUGCAGUGGGACAGGGAUCCUUAAAAUGAGUAGUGGCUCAAGACUAUAAUGUCCUUUGAUGUUGAUAUAAGGAAGAUUUGCUGAAACUCAAUGUGUUUUUGUGGUGAUCAAGUUCAGAAUUAUCGCUUAAGUUGACUUUUAUGCUUUUAUAACCAACCUUCGUGUUGCAAAGAAUUAUUUCCCUUUGUUUACGGAAAGCGUGCAAACACCGCCUACGUUAAAUUAAUGCCACUGUUAACCAAAGGAAUCGUUCUUUAACCACAGAACCGCUUGCUUCUACUUACAUUCAGGAAAAACACCCCGAAACGCCUUAGUUUAACAUUCAGUUACAGCUAAUAUUCACCAUGGAUGUGUAUUGACAUAGCAGCACAAGUUAUAAUCGUGAAGAAGAGGCCCAUUUUGUAGCUUUUUGUUAUCAAUAAAUCAAUAGAAAGAAGUUCUGUUUCUGUUAAAAUAUAGUAUAACAAAUUUAUUUAUUUCAACAGAGGGUCAAAGGAUUAAGGGAAAUAACUGACUUUAAUCACAUUUCUCACAAACUUUCUCAUUAACUCAGUUUUGAAAUUUACCACGCACUAAAUUGAAAAACGUGCAUUAUAGCUCAUGCACUAUGCGUCAUAAUUUUAAUAAAUGAAAAUCGUUCACUGCAAGGGUUACUGAAACUUUCGAAACAUUUCUAGUUUUUCAUUUCACUAUCAACUGUGCCAUUUGGAACCACCUUACAAUAACAACAGGUCAUGUUGAAGAGACACGGCGAAUGGAGGAUACAACUUUGGGGUCUCUCACAAAUAGAAUAAUGAUUAUGUCAAGGCAAACAAUAUGUUUGUUGGUAUUAAAUCGUCCAUGAGAAAAACAACUCACAUAUAGCAAUCUUCAUUUCCCCCCAUUAUUUUCCUGUCAAUUACUUUAAAUAAUAACAACAAACAGAUAAGAUACUUAAAUGGAAUUUGAAAGUCCUCCAACGAUAAUAUUAUCAUAAAGCUCGUUACACAAGGACAAAACUGUGUUUCAAAAUCGACAUAAAAACACAGGAACAAGAACUGACAUCUUCAAAACCGUAGCAAAGACACACUGAGCACUACAAACAAACUGCAUCCCAAACAACAUUCUCCGCAAAAUCGAUUAACAAAACAUAAGAAUAUGAACUGACUCACAAAAAGCAUCCUGAACAAGAAAGGUAAACACCAUGUGUCUUAUGAAUAAAUGGACUUCUUAAUAGUGGUACCAUCCUGUCAUAUCAUCGUCACGAAAUGAAUUCUUGCCAGUCACCUAACCCGAAGAUCAGGCUGGUCAUUUGUGACACAAAAAUACACGGAAUAAUACCAAAACCGCCAGGGGAACUUUUAUUAUUCUUUCGAUUUUAUUACAUUUGAAGUUAUUCACUAGUCUUGCCAACCUAUUUUAUACUACUGCAAUAAAAUUGGUCUGUAUACUGAAAUUAAGUUGUCUGUAGACGGAUUUUGUUUGGAAAUCUCCUGCUACAAUUUCAUCCAAGUUGUUGAACUUAACUGAUGUAGACAAAACACUCUAAACUAGUGUUUAUGUUACGCUUUGUGAUCCAGCUGUUGUUGUAAGGAUUAUGCCUCUUUUACAGAAUUAUUAGCCACAAUUUGCAGACACAACUCCCGCAAAAAUACUAAUCAAAAUCGUGUUAAUGUGUUACAUAUGUCAUAACCACAAUCGGAAGUUGUGCAUCAACGCUUAAUAUUUAUCCGGUCCUUUGUAUGGGCUUUAAAGCCCUUUUUCUGAUUUCCGUUUAUAACUUUUCUCCAAAAUACCACUACUUACAUUCUAAGCCGAUACAUCUGAACUUGGUAGAUGUGGUUGGUAUCUUAGGUUGUUAUUCAAACGAAUGCGAUUUAUUAGUUGUCUUAAAAUUUGUCAUUAAUUUUGUCUUGUAUGUUGUUGUUAAUAAUAUGCUAUUUUUCGGAUUUUUUAUGCGGGAGUGUUAUAUAGCAUGUGUCUUACUUUUCUAGUUUGUUUGUUAUGAUCCCAAUCUUUAUCUUAUUAGGAAAUAUGUUAUUUCUUUGUGUGAAUUGAAGGUCGCUGUUUUUUAUAUUCAUUAGUAUGUCAUUUAGUUUCGUUGUCACUUUUCCAGUCUCGUUAUCAUGACGUGACGUUACUUAAAUCAAACCACGAUGCACAUGGCGUGUGUUUGUGUUGAAGUAGAAGAGAUUAACCCUUCCCUAACUCCUGAUCUUUUUGUCUUUGUAGCUUUUAAUGGUCUCCAUAAUUCCUCAAGUCAUAUUUUGCUCUAGUUUUAUCAAUUUUGAGUUCGUGUUACAGUUUUGUUGGAACUUCGGUAUUCUUUAUCUAAGCAGAGUGCAGCGUAGUUAACAUGAAUCCUGUUCAACCUAAAGGAAUCAUUGAUAACUUAAAUGUUCCGGAAUUGGCUAAUGCACUGAUGUAAUGUCGGUUGUGUUGGAUAUUUGUCAUGUCUAAUGUGUCACCGCAUUGAUUCUCUUGAGGACAACUGUAAACGUAUUUGACAAAACACAUUAAAGCUGUGAAAUUUCAUGAUUUCAUGAAUGAUUGGUAAUUUGUUAUCUAU